CCGAGCCGAGGAUGAGAGACUCCACAUAUUUACCACUUGGCUAACUAAAUAUCUUUGUUUCAAGACAUUUUUUUUUAUUUUUAAACUGUACUCUUGGACACAUACGUACUUUUCAGCACGUAUGAGCUUCGGAGGAAUUUGGCCAAACUGAAGUGGAGUAUCCGUACGUCCACGACACGCGCCUCAAUAAGUCGACAAAAUGUAUUCUGCUGGAGCUACAGAGAUGCACGAGGGACCCGGUUCCUCUGGGUCAAUAAGCUCUGACCCCCCCUCAUCCCCAGUGCCAGAAUAUGUGUUCAAGCCACCGUCACGGCCUGACUUCGGCACCAUGGGCAGGACAAUCAAGCUCCAGGCCAACUUCUUCGAGAUGGAAAUCCCCCAAUUGGAGGUCUACCAUUAUGACAUUGACAUCAAGCCUGAGAAAUGCCCCAGGAGGGUCAAUCGUGAAAUUGUGGAGCACAUGGUCCAGCACUUUAAAACACAGAUCUUUGGUGAUCGAAAGCCAGUGUAUGACGGCAGGAAAAACCUGUACACUGCCAUGCCCUUACCCAUAGGCAGAGAGAAAGUUGAACUAGAGGUGACGAUUCCCGGUGAAGGCAAAGACCGCAGCUUCAAAGUGUCCAUCAAGUGGGUGUCCUGCGUCAGCCUGCAGGCUCUGCACGAGGCGCUGUCAGGACGGCUGCCCAGCGUCCCCUUCGAGACCAUUCAGGCUUUGGAUGUGGUCAUGAGACAUUUGCCUUCAAUGAGGUAUACCCCGGUGGGCCGCUCUUUCUUCACUCCGUCUGAGGGCUGCUCGAACCCCCUGGGUGGAGGUCGAGAGGUGUGGUUUGGUUUUCACCAGUCUGUCAGGCCGUCGCUCUGGAAGAUGAUGCUCAACAUCGACGUUUCGGCCACUGCGUUCUACAAAGCCCAGCCUGUGAUUGAGUUCAUGUGUGAAGUCUUAGAUUUCAAAAGCAUUGAAGAACAACAGAAGCCUUUAACAGACUCACAGAGAGUGAAAUUCACAAAAGAAAUCAAAGGAUUAAAGGUUGAGAUCACUCACUGUGGGCAGAUGAAGAGGAAAUACAGAGUGUGCAACGUGACCAGAAGACCAGCCAGCCACCAAACGUUCCCUCUGCAGCAGGAGAACGGCCAAACCAUUGAAUGCACAGUAGCACAGUACUUCAAAGACAAAUACAAGCUGAUCCUGCGGUACCCCCACCUCCCCUGUCUACAGGUGGGGCAGGAGCAGAAGCACACCUAUCUACCUCUCGAGGUGUGUAACAUUGUGGCGGGACAGCGCUGCAUCAAAAAGCUGACAGACAAUCAGACCUCCACGAUGAUCCGUGCCACAGCCCGAUCCGCACCAGACCGUCAGGAUGAAAUCAGCAAACUGAUGAGAAGUGCCAACUUCAACGCCGACCCUUACGUUCGUGAGUUUGGAGUGAUGGUGAGAGACGAGAUGACAGAAGUGAACGGACGUGUCCUCCAAGCUCCCUCAAUACUGUACGGCGGCAGGAACAAAGCAAUAGCCACGCCAAUCCAGGGAGUCUGGGACAUGAGGAACAAGCAGUUCCACACCGGCAUCGAGAUCAAAGUCUGGGCCAUUGCCUGCUUCGCCCCGCAGCGGCAGUGUACUGAACUCCUGCUCAAGGCUUUCACGGAUCAGCUGCGGAAGAUCUCUCGCGACGCAGGGAUGCCCAUCCAGGGUCAGCCCUGCUUCUGUAAGUACGCCCAGGGAGCGGACAGCGUGGAGCCCAUGUUCAGACACCUCAAAUACACCUACCAAGGCCUCCAGCUGGUGGUGGUCAUCCUGCCGGGGAAGACGCCGGUCUACGCCGAGGUGAAGCGAGUCGGAGACACGGUGCUCGGCAUGGCCACGCAGUGCGUGCAGGUGAAGAACGUCCAGAAGACGACGCCGCAGACUCUCUCCAACCUCUGUCUCAAGAUCAACGUGAAGUUGGGCGGCGUGAACAACAUCCUCCUCCCACAGGGCAGGCCGAUGGUUUUCCAGCAGCCGGUGAUUUUUCUUGGCGCUGAUGUGACUCAUCCACCAGCAGGAGAUGGGAAGAAGCCAUCCAUCGCCGCUGUGGUUGGUAGCAUGGACGCCCACCCCAGCCGGUACUGCGCCACGGUGAGGGUGCAGCAGCACCGUCAGGACAUCAUCCAGGACCUGGCCACCAUGGUGAGGGAGCUGCUCAUCCAGUUUUACAAAUCCACCCGCUUCAAGCCCACGAGGAUCAUCUACUAUCGAGACGGCAUCUCUGAGGGACAGUUCAACCAGGUUCUUCAACAUGAGCUUCUCGCAAUCCGCGAGGCCUGCAUCAAACUGGAGAAGGACUACCAGCCCGGAAUCACCUUCGUGGUCGUUCAGAAGAGGCAUCACACAAGAUUGUUCUGCAUGGACAGAAAUGAGAGGGUCGGGAAGAGCGGCAACAUUCCCGCAGGCACCACAGUGGACACCAAAAUCACCCACCCCUCAGAGUUUGACUUCUACCUUUGCAGUCAUGCUGGCAUUCAGGGAACCAGCAGGCCGUCUCACUACCACGUGCUCUGGGACGACAACCACUUCUCAUCAGACGAGCUGCAGGUCCUCACCUACCAACUCUGCCACACCUACGUGCGAUGCACCCGGUCGGUCUCCAUCCCCGCACCAGCCUACUACGCCCAUCUGGUGGCUUUCCGGGCUCGCUAUCACCUGGUGGAUAAAGAGCACGACAGCGCUGAAGGCAGUCACACAUCUGGCCAGAGCAACGGGCGUGACCACCAAGCCCUGGCCAAGGCCGUUCAGAUCCACCAGGACACCCUGCGCACCAUGUACUUUGCCUGAGAGGUUGGCGUCGGUGAGCCCACCCCACCCCACCCCACCCACCCCGAGGGAACACACUACUGCCGGCCGGCCGGUGGCGGCGUUUCAGCCGGCUCUAGUUAACAUCGCAGUGGUGUCACAGCCCGAGCUCCCCGCCCCGCCCGAUAAUCUGUCAGUUACCUUUAUGUCCACAAUUGUACUUCUGCCCCCCCCCCCCCCGAAACCCACCAAAUGCAAGCCAGCUAUUUGACUGUAAGAGAGUCCCUCUUUGUGGAGGAGAGAGCUUUAGGAGGUUUUAUUUACAUGUUGUGCGUAUUUGUGAAUCUGUUCUUACAAAUUAUGUUAAAGCGUGACAAGAAAUGGGGAAACGUUUGUAGGUGGACGGAGGAAAUCCGUCUCCUCUUCUGACCCCGGUGGGCAGAAACGUAUGCAGCUCAGUGGUUUAACGUAGAAGAAGCCGUUCACCCUCCUCCUCCUCCUCCUCCUCCUCCUCCUCCUGUUUUUGUUUGUUAGAGACUUGGUGCUCGAGGGGAGAAGGAAACAGAAAUCAGAAAAUGAUUGGGUCCAUUCACUGUUUAUAUGCCUAAUGAUUUAGUUCUCUACAAACAUUAUUUAUCAGCCAAUUGAAGCGAAGUGCACUGACCAGAAUGGGUACUUAAAUCAGGACUAAAGUACUUAACAUAUUGAGGGUUUUGUGUAAUUUCAUUUUUCCACAUAGGGCACUCACUAUGUGAUGAAAAGUGCCAUUUGAGACCAUCUUUCUGUUGUCACUUAUAUAUGUAAGCGAUGAAUUGUUCGAUGAAUUGGUCGUCUGAUGGGGGGGGUGUCAGUAUUUGUCGUUGAUCAACACCAAUGACCGUUUGAUGCCAAAUCUGGUGACAACGUAACGGACUCUGCAUCAGAUUUGUUCAGCCCCAGAACCAGCACUUGGUUUCUUCUUGAGGUGGCCGUCGGUUAUUUCGGUAGAAAUUCAAAGAGCAGUAAUUCCCUUCAGGCCCCCCCUCCCCCCUUCUCCGCCGGCCCCGCUCUGAACCAGUAACCUGAUUCUCACACAGAGAAAUAGUUUUAUCGGGACUGG